ACUGCAGCACACACACACCACAUGAACUGCCGCACGCAAAUCAACGCCCCCAGACAGACAGACAGACAGACAGGCGGCGACUCUCACUCCAGUCAGUAGAGGGGCUGUGCCGAUCUUGAUCUUCUUGCUGGGCCGCUGGAGCUCCUGCUCGGCCUUGCGCACGUUGUGGCUGCGAAGUUGGUAAGGUGACACUGUGACGUCAGCAGCAGCAGCAGAGGUGGCAGCCCCCGUCUUGCCUACAUGACAGAACACACAACACAGCACAGCACAAUGGUGACCGCACCCACUCACAAACCCCCCCUCUCUCUCCUUGUCUGUCUGUCUGUCUGUCUGUCCUGUUCCCCCUCCCUCUCGCCCGCCCUCGCUUACGUUGUGGCUUCUUGGCUUUCGGCUUGGGCUCGGCCUUGGCUUUGGGCUUGGGCUUGGCCUUGGGCUUGGGGGUGGUGUCCGCCUUGAGCUUCUUGCUGGCGGGUGGAGAUGCCGCCUCGCUGUCUGCCUUGCGCUUGCGGCCACCACGCAACUCACGGUGGGCCCCACCGGCGGCAGCCGCAGCAGCAGGACCGGACUUGGCCUUCGCCUUCCCCUUGGCCUUCGCCUUGGGCUUGGCCUUGAGGGCCUUGGUGGUCUUCUUGACUGGCGCGCGUCGCUGGCGCUUGACACGCGGCACCUCAUCCUCCUUAUCCUCCGUCUUGACGGCCGUCUCCUCCCUUUUGGUUUGCGCCCGAGUGCGGGGGCGAUGGGCAGUGGAGGGGGCAGCGGGGGCUGGUGGUGGUGGUGGGAGCAGUGGAGGUGGUGGGCCAGGGGGAGGCGCAGGGAGCGGUGGCUGCUCCUCCUCCUCGACAGGGGGGGCCGGUGGCUGCUCGCCCUCCUCCUCGCCGUUCUCCUCGCCAUGCUCAUCAUCAACAACACCGCCCAAUGGCUCCAGGGGGGGAGGUGGUGGGCCAGGGAGAGGCCCCUCCUCCUCGCCCUCCUCCUCGCCGUUCUCCUCGCCAUGCUCAUCAUCAACAACACCGCCCAAUGGCUCCAGGGGGGGCGUCUUCACCCCUGCCGGGGGGACGAUCGGUGGUGGGGGCACCUCAGGAGGUGCACCAGGUAGGUGCUCGCCCGCUGCCGGCUCGGUCAGGUCGACGACCGGAGCAGCAGCAGCUGCUGCUGCUGCAACAGCCUCCUCCUCAGCUUCUUGGUCCGUGAGGUUCUGCGCUCCUUUGCGCUUCUUUGAGGCCGGUUUGCUGCCGCCUCUGCUGUGGCUGUCGUCCUUCCUCUUUCGCUGCCGAGAUGGAGGGGUGGGAGGGACCUCGAGUGCCGCAGCAGCAGUGGAGGUGGUGGCUGCUCCUCCUCGUCAGCAUCAGGGGCUUCCGGCUGUGCCUCCGCGUCGUCAGCAUCGGGGGCUUCCGGCUGCGCCUCCUCCUCGUCAGCAUCGGGGGCUGCCGGCUGCGCCUCCGCGUCGUCAGCAUCGGGGGCUGGUGGCUGCUCGUCCUCCUCCUCAGCAGGGGGGGCUGGUGCAGCUGGCUCACUGCCAUGCUCAUCAUCAACACCUUCCACGACAGGGGGCGUCUUGACCUGGCGUCGCUCUUGAUCAGCGCCCGCAGCUCCCCCAUCGUCAUGGCCUCCAGAUCGGCGACAUCUGCGUUGUUUGGACCAAGGGAAUGACACCAGUGGCCGACAGAAAAGCAUCCAUCCAUUUACCAUCACCCAACUCACUCUCUCCUUUCUGUUCUACUUACUUACCGAUGGCCGCAGGCGGCGGCAGCAGCAGGCCCGAAGCGAGCAUGGCAUCGAAACAAGAGACCUCAGGAUAUAAAAUGUAGUCAGCGAUCGCUCCAUUGACCUGCACACCGAGACACACAAUCAACGGCCGACGACUGCUUUCAACUCUUCUUCAACAAGCCACCUUGUCGCCUCACCUUUCGUCGAUCGCAGCUUUGGCUGUUGCUCAU